UCAUUAAUGUCUUAAUUAAAUAAAUUUAACUUAGCUAGUGACUCACAACUAACUGGUAAUAAUAUUGACUAAAUUUCGUUUUCUGGUUUCUUCUUCUUUCAUAUGGGUGAGGUUGUCUGAAUUCUAACCCAUCACAGCCUCUCUCUCCAAAAGAUCUGUCUGCUCUGUUUAGUGCUUCAUUACUCGGUAAGAACUCGGUCUCCUUCUUUGAAUCUGAUCAUUUCUUGCAUUCUAGUCCCACUUUUUUUCUUUUCAUACCCUCUAAAUCUUUAGUUACUUGGGUUUCUGGAUCUGGGUUUUGUGUAAUUUCCUUUUUCUUAUCUUGGGUCUUUCAAAUUUCAAGUCUUUGUUUCCAUUAAUAGAGUAAAGUUUGAGUCUUUUUAUUUCUUGAUUUUGCUUUCAACUAACUUCAAAGCUCAGAUCUUUUCGUUUUCAACUUUGUUUAAUCUUUAUCUUCGUCAUGAAGAAGAAGAUGGGUAUGUUGUUUCCUUCUUCUUCUUAUGUUCUUGCCUUAAUCUGUUUGUCUUCAACAAUUCUUGCUGUUUUUGGUCAGCAAAAUUAUGUCCCAACUGAUAAAAUCUUGUUAGAUUGUGGGGCAACUUCUGAUAGCUCAGAUAAUGAUGGUCAGAAAUGGACUUCUGAUAAAAAUUCUAAAUUCUUGUUGUCCUCCGAUGAUUCUACUAUAUCUCCGGCUCUUACUCAAGAUCCAGCAGUUUCUCAAGUUCCAUUCUUGACUGCUCGUGUCUUCAAUUCUAAUUUCACCUAUAAUUUCCCUUUAGCGGCGGGUCGAAAAUUCGUUCGUUUGUACUUCUAUCCGAGUUCUUACAGUGGUCUUAAUGCCUCUGAUGCUCUGUUUUCAGUCUCAACUGGGUCUUUUACUCUUUUGAAUAACUUUAGUGUUGUUCAGACAACACUUGGUUUGAAUUAUGCUUAUGUUAUUAAGGAGUAUUCGAUCAAUGUAGAUGGCGGUUCGUUGAAUUUAACGUUUAGUCCUGCGGCUAACGCUCCGAAGUCGUAUGCGUUUGUUAACGGGAUUGAGAUUGUCUCGAUGCCGGAUAUUUAUGGUAAUAGUGAUGGAACAUUGCUGUUGGUGGGUGAUCAAUCGCCGGUUUAUGUUGAUAACAGUACUGCGCUUGAGAAUGUAUAUCGGGUAAAUGUGGGUGGAAAUGUUAUCUCGCCAUCAGGAGAUACUGGGAUGCUUCGGUCUUGGUUUGAUGAUCAGCCGUAUAUUUAUGGGGCAGCUAUUGGUGUUUCGGAGACUGCUGACUCUAACAUGACGAUUAAAGACCCUGUGCCUCCUUAUCUUGCACCGAGAGAUGUCUACGCUACUGCUAGAUCAAUGGGGCCGACGCUUUACAUUAAUUUGAAUUACAACUUGACAUGGAUUUUCAGUGUAGACACUGGUUUCAAUUAUUUGGUUAGGCUUCAUUUCUGUGAAGUGGCUGCAAAUAUUACUAAGGUAAAUCAGAGAGUGUUCACCAUCUUCCUCAACAAUCAAACAGCUGAGGAUCAAGCUGAUGUGGUUGCCUGGGCCAAUAACCGCAAUGGAGUUCCGGUGCAUAGGGAUUAUGUGGUGUUUGUUUCUGGUCAGAGCCCUCAGCAAGAUCUCUGGUUGGCACUUCAUCCAAAUACUGAUUCGGUUUUGAAAUCUCAGUAUUAUGAUGCUAUCUUGAAUGGAGUGGAAAUUUUUAAACUCAGCAGAAGUGAUGGUAAUCUUGCUGGGCCUAAUCCGACCCCUCUUAUUAAACCGGAUAAAAUUGACCCUUAUGUUAGACCAUCAUCACGCUCAGAGAACUCUAAGAAUCAGACAGCAGUAAUAGCCGGUGGUAUAGGUGGUGGAGUUGCUCUAGCUCUUGUCAUUGGCUUCUGUGUUAUUGCUGCAACUCGUCAUCGAAGGAAUGGACGGGAAUCAAGUGCUAGUGAUGGACCAUCUGGGUGGCUGCCUCUUUCUUUGUACGGAAAUUCUCACUCAGCUGGUUCGGCCAAGACAAACACGACAGGAAGUUAUGCUUCUUCUCUACCUGCGAAUCUUUGCCGCCACUUCUCAUUUGCAGAGAUCAAAGCUGCUACCAAUAACUUUGAUGAGGCUCUGCUCCUUGGAGUGGGAGGUUUUGGUAAAGUCUACAAGGGAGAAAUCGAUGGUGGGACGACUACAGUUGCAAUCAAGCGUGGUAAUCCACUUUCGGAGCAGGGUGUAAAUGAAUUCCAGACCGAAAUUGAAAUGCUUUCCAAACUUCGACACCGUCACCUUGUUUCGUUGAUCGGGUACUGCGAAGAGAACUGUGAAAUGAUCCUUGUUUAUGAUUACAUGGCUUAUGGAACAUUGCGUGAGCAUCUAUACAAAACCCAAAAGCCACCUCUACCAUGGAAGCAAAGGCUCGAGAUAUGCAUUGGCGCUGCUCGCGGUUUACACUAUCUCCACACUGGGGCCAAAUACACUAUUAUCCACAGAGAUGUUAAGACAACUAACAUUCUUUUGGAUGAGAAAUGGGUUGCGAAAGUUUCUGAUUUUGGCUUGUCGAAAACCGGUCCUACAUUAGAUCACACUCAUGUCAGCACUGUGGUGAAGGGCAGUUUCGGCUAUUUGGAUCCGGAGUACUUCAGGCGACAGCAACUAACUGAAAAGUCCGAUGUUUACUCUUUUGGAGUUGUGCUGUUCGAGAUCAUAUGUGCUCGACCAGCUCUAAACCCGACUCUGCCAAAGGAGCAAGUGAGUUUGGCAGAGUGGGCUGCUCAUUGCCACAAAAAAGGCAUUCUUGAUCAGAUUGGUGACCCCUAUCUUAAGGGGAAAAUUGCACCAGAAUGCUUCAAAAAGUUUGCUGAGACUGCGAUGAAGUGUGUGUCCGAUGUGGGCAUGGACAGGCCAUCGAUGGGCGACGUGCUCUGGAACCUGGAGUUUGCUCUGCAGCUACAAGAGAGUGCAGAAGAGAGCGGGAAGGGCAUUGGUGGACUUGACGGGGAGGAGAUGCCAUUAAAGGGAAAGAAAGAUCCCGAUGCUUCCCCAGGAUUUGAUGGCAAUAUUACAGAUUCAAGGAGCAGCGGAAUGAGCAUGAGUAUAGGCGGUAGGAGUCUUGCGAGCGAAGACUCUGAUGGGUUGACACCGAGUGCUGUUUUCUCUCAGAUCAUGAACCCGAAAGGGCGUUGAUAUUAGAAGGAUCAAUCAUUUGGUUUUCGAAAAUCGUCAAUUUUCCAUCUUCUAUUAAAGUGUUGAUGAUACAGGGAAUGUCUUUGGCAAGUCAUUUAAUCUCUUAUUUUAUUUUUUAUUUUAUUUGUUCACAAGAUUAAGUUAUGUUUUGAUGAAAUGUAUGUACAAUUACUUGAAAAGGAGUGUAAAAAUAAGGUGUUUGUAACUUGUAUUGACAUUGGUAGUGAUAGCAACUAUUAUUUGUUAUUCAAA